ACAGAAACGUUCAAUAAAGACGGCCACGCGAAUUGGCCAGGUUCUCAUUGAAAGCGCUUAAGUCAGGCGAAUGCGAAUGCGAUUGCCAAUUGCUGCUGCUGCUGCUGCUGCCAACAAAUCAAUGUGAUUUACCAUCCAGUAUCAAUUUUCAAUUUCUCGAAAUCGACACCGAGUUUCUGUUUCUGUUUUCGGUAUCGCGUUUCAAUAUCUUAGUUUAGUUUAUAUUAGAACUUUGUGCCAAAAUGUCAUCGCUGGUCAUCCCAGCUGCCUGCGUGGCUCUUCUCCACUUGUUCCUGCUUCAACUGGUUGCCGCCAAGGAAUAUAGUUGGUGUGAUCCUGAUCUGUGUAGUCCUGGCAUCAAGCAUGUGGCAUGUCGCAACAAUGGCCACUUCCAUAGACGCUGUCAGCCCGAUUCCUAUGAGGUGGACAUCUCUCGCCAUAAAGCGACCUUUGUGCAUGGCCAUAAUAAGCGAAGGAAUUUUGUGGCUUUAGGCAAACUGCCUGGUUAUUAUCCUGCCUCACGGAUGACCACAAUGGUGUGGGAUGAUGAGCUGCAAUAUUUGUCGUCGCUGAAUGUGCGCACUUGCAUCUUGGAUCACGACGAUUGCCACAACACAUACAGCUUUGCCAAUUCCGGACAGAAUCUGUGCGCCAUUUGGCGGGAUCGCAAUCCGCAUGUGAAUGUCACCAGCCUGAUUGAGGAAUCCUUGGGAUUAUGGUUCAAUGAGUAUCCGCUCAUCGACAGCAGUUACAUUGACCGAUUUCGUGUCACAAAAUAUUUUGAGGACUAUGGUCACUUUGCGGAGAUGAUGGUGGAUCGUAAUUCGCGCGUUGGAUGCUCCAUAAUGCGUUUCACCCGUCCCGAUUAUCCAUAUGUAUACAUCUACAAUGUAGUGUGUAAUUACGCAUCCAUCUACGCAUUGGAUGCGCCCAUCUAUGAGGUUGGAAGACCCGCGUCACGGUGCCAUACGGGCAAGAAUCCAUUCUAUCCGGGUCUGUGCUCAACGCGGGAGCAAUAUAGCCCCAACUACUGAUCGAAAUCAGUUUGUGUGUGUGUCGAUAGAUAGAUAUUACGCUCAGGUAGAGAACUGUGUUGUAUUUUACAUAAGUUAGUCGUUAAUUUUAGCCAUAUUGCAUAGUCUUUUGUUUAUCAAUAAAUAUGAACA